AUGAGUAACGAUUCCAUUGAUGUCUCCACAUCGGGGAAAGUCCGAAGGCCAGGCACAGCUGACUCUGGUGUGUCCAUGUCCAAUGGACACUUCCUCGAUGAGCAUCAGCAAAAUGGACACACCCAACAACCGGCAUCGUCCGAUAUAGCCAUCUGCGGUAUUGGACUGCGUCUUCCCGGAGGCAUUCGCAAUUGUGACGACUACUGGGAUCUCCUUUACCAUGGGGUAGAUGCUCGUAUCCCCGUUCCCAGCAGCCGUUACAACCUUGAGGGCUUUGACGACAGCCUCGGCGGCAAGGACUCGGUCAAGGUUAAGCACGGAUAUUUCCUCGACGAAGAUCUAUCAUGUCUAGAUACGUCGUUUUUCACAUUCACCAAAGCUGAGCUUGAGAAGGCUGACCCACAACAACGAUUGCUCCUUGAAGUCACUCGAGAGUGUCUUGAAGAUGCUGGAGAGGUAAACUAUCGCGGGCAGCAACUGGGCUGUUACAUAGGAACAUUUGGGGAUGACUGGUUGAUGAUGAGCACGAAGGCGCCCCAACAAGGCGGUGUACACGCUGUUACUGGGCAUGGCGACCUUAUGAUGGCCAACCGUGUUUCGUUCGAGUACGACUUUCGAGGUCCCAGUAUGGUGAUCAAAACUGGAUGCUCAGCCUCAACAAUCGCUCUUCAUGAAGCAUGUCGGGCCAUCCAGAGGGGCGAUGCAUCGGGUGCGGUUGUUGGGGGUGCCAGCAUGAUCACUACUCCCGCUCUCACAGCUACCAUGUCUGCAGGCGAGCUGCUUGCUCCAGAUGGCUCCUGCAAGACAUUCGAUGCUUCAGCAGACGGAUAUGCUAGAGCCGAAGCCAUCACAGCCAUUUACAUCAAGCCUCUCGCCGAUGCCCUUCGUGAUGGCAACCCGGUGAGGGCUAUCAUCAAGGGUACUUCCACAAAUUGCGACGGGAAGAGCGUCAGUCUUGUUACUCCCAAUGGAGUUGCACAAGAGGCUCUCAUGAGGAAAGCUUACCGCGAUGCUGGCUUGGAUCCUCGAGAGACAGCAUUCGUCGAGUGUCACGGUACUGGUACACCCACAGGCGAUCCCAUUGAAACCACGGCUGUGGGUAAGGUUUUCGGUGAGAAUGGAAUCUACAUUACUUCGGUCAAGCCCAACCUGGGACAUUCUGAAGGUUCCGCUGGGCUGUCUUCUGUGAUCAAGUGUGUUCUCGCUCUCGAGCACAAGAUCAUUCCACCCAACAUCAAGUUCAUCAACCCCAACCCAAAGAUCCCCUUUGCAGAAUACAACUUGACUGUUCCUGUCAAGCCAACUCCCUUUCCAUCACACCGUAAACAGAGGGUCAGCAUCGAUUCAUUUGGCAUUGGCGGGAGCAACGCACAUGUCAUCCUCGAGGGCUACACCCCUUAUUCAAACGGCACAGUUCAGUCAAACGGCACUGCUCAGUCUAACGGCACUGCUCGUGACAAUGGGCAUGACGUGCUUCAAGACCCUGGUCCAUCCAUGGGUCAACCUCCAAAGCUAGAACUGCUUCUCUUGUCAGCCAACACAGAAGUCUCCCUCCAGCAGCAGAUCAAGAAUCAUCAAGAGUGGUUCUUGCAACACCCAGAGUCGAUAUCGAACCUCACAUACACUCGUGCCAUGCACAGAGAACACUUACCUCACAGAGCAUAUGCCAUUUUGGACGGGGCCAGCGUCACUGAAACUUCCGGGCCCAUGAAAGCACUGUCGGACCCGCUGCCAUUGGUAAUGGUUUUCAGUGGCCAAGGUGCACAAUGGCCUGAAAUGGCCAAGGAGUUAAUCGAGAGCGAUCAUGCAUUUCACACGGAUCUGCUCAAUAUGAAUGCAGUAUUGAAACGGCUGAGUUUUCCGCCAACGUGGAACCUUAUAGAUGAACUUCUUAAGUCGCCCGAGACUUCCCAAGUCCACAAGGCAGAACUUUCCCAGCCUCUAUGCACAGCAGUGCAGGUGGCCUUGUUCAACAAAUUUGCCACCCUGGGGCUCACGCCUACUGUUGUUGUUGGCCACUCAAGCGGCGAGAUCGCUGCUGCGUACGCCGCUGGUUUCAUUUCAAUGGAGGAAGCAAUAACCAUUGCCUAUUACCGCGGCUAUGUCACAACAAAGCAAAACCUGAUCGGGGGCAUGGCAGCCAUUGGAAUGGGCGCCGUUGAAGUGUCCGAACACCUGUGUGAUGGAGUCGUCUUGGCUUGCGAGAACAGCCCCAACAGCUCCACCAUCUCGGGUGAUGCCGACAAGGUCGACCAAGUUGUUGAGGCCAUCAAACAGAAGAUGCCUGACAUGUUUGCCCGCAAGCUCAAGGUUAACAUGGCGUAUCAUUCCCACCACAUGGUUCCCCUCAGUACCGAAUAUCACGAUCUCCUCAAGUCUGACUUGCCGGGGCUGUCGCAAGAUCUACCUCCAACGAAAGCCGAGAUGUUCUCUUCGGUGACAACUAAGCUGAUGGAUGAUUCCAUUCGCGACCCCUCAUACUGGGUGAAGAACCUCACGUCUCCAGUUAGGUUCUCUCCAGCGGUCUUGAACUUGCUGGCAGUCAAAGGUGAAUCCAUCUUCAUUGAGAUCGGUCCUCAUUCUACGCUCGCUGGCCCCUUACGUCAGACUUGUUCUCAGGCAUCCCAGCCGUGUCACUAUGUGACAACCCAAUCUCGCGGCAAGGACUCCGUUGCUGCAUUCCUUUCCGCAGUGGGGAAGCUGUACCAAGGAGGACUCGAAAUGGACCUGGCGCCCAUGUUCUCCAUUGGGAAAGCAAUUUCGGGGUUGCCUACGUAUCCAUGGGAUCACAAAGAAUCAUACUGGUUUGAAAGUCGCAUAUCCAAGGCAUGGAGGAGUCGGCAGUAUCCUGACCAUUGUCUCCUGGGAUCUCGUAUCCUCGAAUGCACUGACGCUGAACCGCAAUGGCGGAACAUUCUCCAUGUUGAAGACGAGCCCUGGUUGGUUGAUCACAAGUUGCACGAAGAUAUCGUGUUCCCUUUUGCCGGAUACGUCGCUAUGGCUGGCGAAGCUGUCAGGCAGCUUACUCACUCGCCUCUUGGCGCUGGAUACCGUCUUCGACAUGUCGUGGCACAGACAGCCCUUCUAUUAUCCGAGUCGGCUCCAACAGAGCUGAUGACAAGUCUACAAAGACACAAGCUUAACGACACGGAAUUCUCGGAAUGGUUUGAGUUUUCUGUUUCGUCGUACAGCGGGUCAAACUGGGUGAGGCAUUGCACUGGCCAAGUGAGCCUCCUCGACACCGCCAGGACUCGCAACUGGAUGCCAGAAGUCCUUCCUCGCAAGGUCGAUGUCUCCCGCAUCUACAGUCGGUUGGCCAGUGUAGGUUUCAUUUAUGGGCCCUCAUUCCGAGGACUGUCAAAUGUCACAUCAGCAGUCUCCGAAGAGCUUGCCUUCGCCCAGAUCAUCAACCGAGACCAACAGAGGCACUCCCCCUUUACGCUUCACCCAGCAACAAUUGAUGCCGGUCUUCAGUUACUCUUGGUCGCACAGGCGAAAGGUCUAGGGCGAAACCUAGCCCAACUUUGCGUACCGACUGCCAUUGAGGAGCUCGAGAUUGGCCCAGGUGCAGAUGUCAUGGAUGCCAAAGCAUGGAAUAUGUAUGGAGUCGAGCCAUGCGUCGAGUUCACAUCGGGUGAGAAUUUGGCAUUUCGGGCUUCCGGAAUUCAAUUCCAUGCCCUAGGAGACGACGAGACCCCUGAAACACUCGACGUUCACGCUGCAGCAAGGUUGAAGUGGCUCCCACACUUUGACUUCGUCGAUGUAUCAACUCUUUUCACACCACCGACAUCUUCCGAGCAUGACUCUCGACUGUAUGAAGAGCUAGGCUUGCUCCUCAUUCUCGAAACGGCAGAGAGGGUCAGGUACCUUAAGCCCUGCCAGCCUCACUUCGCGAGGUUUCGAGACUGGGUCAAUCAACAGAUUGGAUUUGCGGCAGCUGGAAGCUACAAGCUGGUCGAGAAUCCUGAGAAGCAUGUUGCUCUCUCAAGAGCCGAGAGACUGGCCAAGAUUGAGGAACUUACUACCCUUCUACUGGAACUACCACAAAGAGCCAUUAUCAUCGGCAUGAGGCGUCUCUUCGAUAACAUUGACAAGAUCUUUACGGGUGAAGCCGACACACUCGACAUCCUUCUCCAAGACAACAUCCUUGCCGAGAUUUACGAUGUCAUGACGUUCGACUACUCCAAGUUCCUGCGCCUUUUGGUUCACACCAGGCCGAAUCUGCGAGUCCUUGAGCUCGGAGCAGGGACUGGUGGUACUACAGAGACCAUUCUGCGGAACAUUGUCGAUGUCCAUGGAGUACCGGCAUAUUCUACCUAUACCUUUACCGAUAUAUCCGCAGGGUUCUUCCCGGCUGCCAAAGAGCGUUUUGCGCAUGCUUCUAACCUCGAGUUCAAAGUACUGGACGUGUCUCAUGACCCGCUUCAGCAAGGCUUCCAAGAGUCGAGUUAUGAUCUCGUCAUCGCAGCAAAUGUUCUGCAUGCAACACCUCGUUUGCAACAGACGUUGAGCAAUAUACUGCCUUUGCUCAAGUCGGGUGGAAUGCUCGUGAUGACAGAGUUGUGCAGCGUUACUCGGUCACUCAAUUACAUCUUUGGCAACUUUUCAGGGUGGUGGCUGGGAGAAAAAGACAAUCGUUUCGACCAACCCUAUGUCCCAGUAUCACGAUGGGAUCAGGAGCUAAGAGCCGCCGGGUUCAGCGGAGCUGACGCUGUUACAUUCGACGCCGAAGAACCACAUCGACGUUCCGCCGUCAUAGUGGCCAAGAAACAGCCUGUUCAGGUCUCCAGCCCAUCUAGCAUCACUCUACUAUGCGGGAACCCCGAGGGAGAGGUUGCUGGCAAAUUGGCUACUACACUUGAAGAAAGAGGUUGGGCCAUUGCAAAGCGUCGUAUUGGAGACGAUAUUCCCCAGGACCAGGACAUCAUUUCCUGUCUUGAUCUUGAGGCCAACUUCUUCCAAGAUAUCCCAGAGGAAGCGUUUGCCACUUUUCAGCAGUUCGCUAGGACUGUCGGCUCAGGCAGGAUUCUUUGGUUGACAGACCCAAUCCAGGUCGAGUGUUCAAAUCCACGGUCUGCACAGACGCUGGGUGUAGCUCGUACUCUGCGCUCAGAACUUGGGCUCAACUUCUACACACUCGAGGUUGACAGCAGGGAGAACCAAUUCCCUACUCUAGUCUCUCAGCUGUUCGAAAAGAUCGUCCAGGACGAAGACAACGAGAACCUUGAGCCGGACAGGGAAUUCGUCAUCAAUCACGGAGUCAUCUGUGUUGGACGUUAUCAACCCUUCCCAUUGUUGGACGAAGCUUCCCCCAGAUCGGACCAAGGUCAAGGGGAGGUGAUGAAAAAGGUGGAUAUCGACAAACCGGGUAUGUUGGAGACGAUGGACUGGAGAAUUCUCCCGAUCCCAGACAUGAUUCCGGAGGAUCACGUUGAAAUCGAUGUUCGUGCUGCUGGCCUCAACUUUCGAGACGUUGUUUACGCUAUGGGUCUCAUCUCAUCCCAAUCCUCAAAUCUUUCCCUGGGAAUGGAAGUAUCCGGCACAGUCAGGAGACUUGGAAGUGCCGUGACGGGCCUCAACAUCGGCGAUCGGGUCAUGUCCUUCACCUACAUGGGUGGCUUCUCCACGCACGUGAUUGUCGCGGACCACUUCGUGCAUAAACUUCCAGAUUCCAUCAACUUUGAGGAAGCAGCGACGAUCCAGGGCUGCUUUGCAACUGUGGUCUACGCACUCCUUGAUGUUGGAAGGCUACGCAAGGGAAUGAGCGUACUGAUACACUCAGCUUGUGGUGGUGUUGGAUUAUCUGCUAUCCAAGUCAGUCAAAUGAUGGGUGCAGAUAUAUAUGCUACAGUCGGGAGUGAGAAAAAGAAGGACUAUCUGGUCGAGACCUACAACAUCCCACGAGAACGAAUCUUCAACUCGCGAGACGCCUCAUUCCUUGAUGGGGUGAUGCAGCAGACAGCAGGAAAAGGAGUGGAUCUUGUUCUGAAUUCGCUCCCCGGCGAGCUCUUGCACGCUUCAUGGAAGUGUGUUGCAAAGAACGGAUCAUUGCUUGAGCUCGGGAAGCGUGACCUUGCUGGAUUUGGUCAGCUCGAUAUGAGUCGUUUCCUGGACAAUCGAUCGUACUGUGGUAUCGACGUCAUGUACAUGAUGAAGGAACAAGGCAUUGUUCUCCGCGACGUCUUGCAAAGAACUCUAGCUUUCUUUGAGCAGGGAAAGCUCCAUCCACUGGAACCCAUCACGUCGUUCGACGCAGCUGAUAUCAAGCAAGCCUUCCGCUAUCUUCAGAGUGGCAAUCAUAUUGGCAAAGUGAUUCUGAAACUACCUGAGGACUUGUCGACUCUUGAAGCAAGAGCAACUGCUGAAAGCAUCAAGUUCAAUCCUGCUGCGGCCUACUUACUCGUCGGUGGCUCGGGGGGUCUUGGACGAUCUCUGGCUAUCUGGAUGGCUGAACAUGGUGCCAGACACCUCGUCUUCUUGUCAAGAAGUGUCACAACAAACAACCCAGUUUCAGCAGAACUUGAAUCCAUGGGAUGCACUGUUACCAUGAUCAGAGGGAGUGUCAACAACCUUGAAGAUGUCAAGGGAGCGAUCGAAAAGUCACCGGCUCAGAUCAAGGGCGUUUUCCAUCUUGCAAUGGUGCAAAGAGAUUCUCCAUUCCUUGACAUGAAGUGGACGGAUUGGAGAGACGCUAAUGAACCAAAAGUCCACGGUACAUGGAAUCUUCAUGAAGCGUUCCUUGGGCAGCCUCUGGACUACUUCUGGCUAGCCAGCUCUACCGUCACGGUUGUUGAUCAGCCUGGACAGGGGAACUACAAAGCGGGAUGUACUUUUAUCGAGUCAUUCUGUCAGUACCGGCAUUCUCUUGGCCUCCCAGCUUCGGUCCUCUCCAUUUGCCCCAUUGAAGAUGUCGGCUUUGUGGCCGAGAACCCGGCGGCACUUCGAAGCAUCAAGCUGCAGGGCCUCUACACGCUGGGGGAGAAAGAGUUCUUGGACAGUGUGGAAGCUUCACUUGUCAAUUCGAUGGCACAGACAAGUCAGGACACGGGCAACUUUACGGAUGUCUCAUCAGAUUCCCUAUCCGCGUGGGAAAGCAAGGGACACAUCAUCAUGGGGCUGAGAUCAGAGCUUCACCUUGAUAAUCCCAAAAACCCAACCAACUGGCGUCGAGAUCGACGGAUGGGAAUCUACCACAACCUAGCCAUUGGAGAAGCAUCUGACGCACGAGGCGAAAGCCACAGUCUCAAGGAAUUUCUGCAGAGCUUGACCGAUAGCGACGGCGCGGGUAUCCUUGCCGAGGAGUCAACAGUCGAUUUCUUGGCUGUGGAGAUUGGAAGAAAGAUCAACGAUUUCUUGCUCAAGCCAGACACUACCAUCGAUACAAGCCUUCGACUUUCCGAGAUGGGUCUGGAUUCUCUGACGGCGAUCGAGUUGCGAAGAUGGUUCCGCCAGGCAUCAGGGCUUCAGGUUAGCGUAUUGGAAAUGAUGGGCGCUGCAUCCUUGAGGCAGCUUGGAGAAACGGUGGCGGCGAGGCUUGGAGAGAAGGUGGCAGCGGGCUUGGCAUGA